AUGGAUGUUUUAGAUUCUCCAAUUGAUGCUUUGGUUUUUGAUUAUGUGAGUUUUGGGAUUUUUACUAUCGUUAACAAUUUAUGGACGUGGGUUGCCGUUAUUACAGCUGCCGUUAGCUUUUGGAGGAUCAGAGUUGCUGGGGCUGGAGCCGUCAAAACGCUGGAGCCAUCACCUCCAUCGGAUUACACUGAACGCAACAUUAGUGAGUUAUCUGUGCCUGAAACAUCAUUAUCAACAACAACAACGCUUAAGUCAGUAACAGAAUCAGCAGCUCCCGGUUCAGUGAGUUCAAUUCCCUCAGUUUUUGAAGACAACGGAGUGACAAAAGGGAAGUUUGUGGUGUAUUAUUAUCAAGACGAUGGCAGAGAAAAUGAUGGCAAUAUUGGCGGUGACGGGGAGGAGUUACCGGUGUUUGGAGAGUGGGGUACGUGUGGUGGAGAGUUAACGUUGUGGGAGCGAAUGUUGAGGGUGAGAAUGGGGGAUUAUGGAUGGUACAAAUGUCAGGAUUUGACGGUGAUUAACGGCAACGUUGUUAGGUUAUGGGAUGGGUUUAGAAGAGAAAAGUACAGCUCAGGCUGUGUUGUUUGGUAG